AUGGCGGUCAACGGCACAAACGGCACAUCCAAGGCCAAUGGUCACAGUGUAAGCAACGGCGCCAGUGCCUACCACGCCGCCUCUACCCAAGAGGCGAUUCAAGCCGAGAAUGAUUAUGCCGCUCACAACUAUCAUCCUCUCCCCGUCGUCUUCGCUCGGGCUCAGGGCACCUCGGUCUGGGACCCCGAGGGUCGUCACUAUCUGGACUUCCUGUCCGCAUACUCUGCGGUCAACCAAGGCCACUGCCACCCGAAACUGGUGGCCGCUCUCGUGGAACAGGCGUCCCGGGUCACUCUGAGCUCUCGUGCCUUCUAUAACGAUGUCUUCCCACGCUUCGCCCAGUUUGUCACUCAAUACUUCGGCUUCGAUAUGGUUCUGCCCAUGAACACAGGUGCAGAGGCUGUUGAGACCGGUAUUAAGAUCGCUCGGAAGUGGGGAUACAAGGUCAAGGGGAUUCCGGAGAACCAGGCGGUCGUCCUGAGUGCGGAGAACAACUUCCACGGUCGUACGUUUGCUGCCAUCUCCCUGUCAUCUGACCCCGAGUCGCGUGAGAACUAUGGCCCUUACCUGCCCGGUAUCGGGUGCAACAUUCCCGGCACCGACAAGCCCAUCGCAUACAACGACAAGGCUGCUCUGCGGGAGGCCUUUGAGAAAGCGGGCCCCAACCUGGCGGCCUUCUUGGUCGAACCCAUCCAGGGUGAGGCCGGCAUCGUUGUUCCGGAUGAAGACUACCUGCAGGAGGCGAGAGCCCUGUGCGAUAAGUACAAUGUCCUCCUGAUCUGCGAUGAGAUCCAGACCGGUAUUGCCCGCACGGGUAAGCUUCUCUGCCACGAAUGGAGCGGCAUUAAGCCCGAUCUGGUACUGCUGGGCAAGGCUAUCUCCGGCGGCAUGUAUCCCGUCUCGUGUGUUUUGGGCCGGAAGGAUGUUAUGCUCACCAUCGAACCUGGUACUCACGGAUCGACUUACGGUGGUAACCCCUUGGGCUGUGCGGUGGCCAUCCGGGCCCUGGAAGUCGUCCAGGAGGAGAAGAUGGUUGAGCGGGCCGAGAAGCUCGGUCACGUCUUCCGCGAUGGUCUGAAGGCCAUCAAGAGCCCCAUAAUCCAGACCGUCCGUGGCAAGGGUCUGCUCAAUGCCAUUGUUAUUGACGAAUCGAAGACCAAUGGACACUCUGCGUGGGAUCUCUGUAUGUUGAUGAAGGAAAAGGGUUUGUUGGCCAAGCCAACCCACGAGAAUAUCAUCCGUCUCGCUCCGCCCCUCGUAAUCACCGAUGGUGAGAUCAAGAAGUCCCUCGAGAUCAUCGCGGAGCUGUCGCGGAGCUUCCCACCCUGA